UAGACCUGUUAUCAAACAAUCAAAGCUUUGAUCAGUUUAACUUUGCAUACAUUUUUCUCGUCUUAUAAAUUUGACUGGUCAAAACUCACAUCAUAUCAAUUUCGAAUUGUCGGUCAGUCAGUUAGUUUAUACGAAUAAUAUGAACGGAUCUAAUUGGUUCACAAUUCUAGAAAUCUUCUCAAUUGGAAUAUUUGGAGUUGUAUAUAGUCUAGAUUGGUCUUACAACGACAUAUCUCAGUGGAAGGAGUCUUAUCCAGCGUGCAAUGGAUAUCGACAGAGUCCCAUAGACAUCAGGUCAGAUGAAGUGACCCUGGUUAAGGAGGAUCAAGACCCCUUCGAGUUCUCUGACGCUUUUCUGAGACCGAUGAAGGGAGCUGUCAUUAUGAACACUGGAGUUUCCUAUCAAAUAAACGACACAGAGGAUCUGCGUGAAAUACGUGGCGGGGGUUUGAGUAGUGGGUACACUCUGCGUCAGUUGCACUUCCAUUUGGGAACCCCUUCGAGACGACUGGGAUCCGAACAUCAGAUAGAUGGCCGCCAGUUUUCCGGAGAAAUGCACUUGGUGCUGAGCAGAAACCAACAAAGAGACAGUUCAAGGUCAGAAUCACACAAAAACGCACCAUUCGAGCCCAAUGCAGUGUUAGCUUUCUUCCUUCAAGUUUCAGAAAACGAUCAAGGGAAGUCAUCUGAAUUCUGGGAGAAAGUUACAAACUCAAUUCAACCGUUACGUAGUGCAGAUGAUUUGUUAGAGAUGACACCGGCUCAGACUAUCAACCUGGCAGACGUGAUUCCAUUUGGAGACUACCAAUCAAUGCGAAGUUUCUAUCGCUACUCGGGAUCCCUGACGACGCCACCAUGCAGUGAAACAGUAGUUUGGACAGUAUUUCAGCAGCCACUUACGAUAACAAAAUCCCAAUAUGACAAGUUCUUUCCGAGACCAGAUGACAACACUCCCAAGGAGCGACCUCAAAACAACUUCAGAAAAACGAAGGAUUUGAACUCAAGGAUCGUUUAUAAAACUACUACUCGCAUGAACAGAAGUAGCAAUGGCUUUAGAACUAAUGUAUUCUCUCCGGCUGUUACAAUUAUGCUCAUUCUAAUUCCAAUUUUAUAACGAAGACUGUUUUAGGAACCCUAAAUGACAUUUGCAUUUAACGAGCAAUUGAAUGCCACAAGCAUAGCGAAAGCUUGUUUUGCUCGCAAAACGGGCGAAAAUCAGAUUUCUUUUUGCCAAGUGAUUUUCAAAUAGAUCUCUUGCUCUACUAUGUGAGACACUGAUUUUUCCUUUCAUUUUG